UCUUCAAGUUGUCUUUUUUGGGUGGAAAUGGAGCCAAAACAUGAUCAAGACCAAGAGAAGCCAGUGGGAUGAAACUGAAGGAGGAAAUAAGAACUUUUCCGAAAGUAAUGACACUGAAAUACAGCCUCUAAAUGCAGCAGGAACAGAGGGAGUCACAGUAACUCCAACAGUGUCAGAAGGGAACAAGGCAAAAAAAGAAAAGAAGACCAAACAUUCUCAGUUGGAAAGAGAUCAAGCUGCACCAUCCCAGUCUUCCAUCUCUCUGAGCUGCAGGAUGCCUCAUCAGAGGAUUUGCCUGGUCUCUCUGUCUGGACAGACUGCCUUCGGUGUUUUGGCUGCCAUCCUCCUAACACUUCAUCCAUGUACAGGUCAGUCUCAGGAUAAACCGCCUCAGCUGGGAAUAGUUGGUGAUAACAUCAUUUUACCAUGCUACCUUAAACCUCCCAUGGAUGCAUCUGAAAUGUGGUUGGAGUGGGCAAGACCUGACCUGAGCCCAGCAGAAUCCAGCGGCUCCAGGAAACCCAGUGGAGAACAUACCACUGAACUAACAGUGAAAGGAAAACCCAGCAGGAACACCAAGACUGAGACCAACAGUUCCAUGGACACAACUGUGAUGGGAGUUUAUACAGUCGGAGGAUGUGGAGCCUGA